AAUAUGAGGUGUACAGCCAUCGGUUCCGAUUAGGUUAAGGAUAAUCAAGCGUCUCGUUGUUGUAUCGAACUCUGGCUAGGGGGAAACAGAUCUCGAUGGGGAAACACAGUUCGAUACAAGGCAGUCACUGAACUGCAGGGAGUGUAUUUUUGGAGCAAUGGGCGUUGUUUUCGGGAUAACGGGCUGUCGAACAAAUAGGCCUUUGGUCCAGUGGGACAUUUUCGGACUAUUGGGUUUCGAAGUAAUUGGCAAUCGGAACAAUGGCAUGGCACCCUAAAGUGAAUGCACAAAUAAAGCAUGCUAACCCCCCCCCCCCAUGUGUUUGUACAGGUGGUGCCGUGUAAUGCAGUCCUGUAAAACUCGGAAGUUUACUGCUCUUGUUGAAUGUAUUUGUGUCCCUAGUUUUCUGAUAUUGACACAAAUCAUCAGACCAGUGGCUGAAUGAUAAAGCAUGGCUCUGAGAGUAUUGUCAGUGGAUUCAGCAGAUCUGGGCACUCAGAGAUGCCGAAUGGGCCGUGGCUUGAUGUCAGCCCUAGGAUUGAACCUUGGCUCCCCUCUAAUGGUGUCUACUCCUGGGGGAACUUGCCUCUGUACGGCCUGGCCCAGAUCUGACCUGGCAGAGGGCUUCCUUCAGAUGGAUCUAAAAUGUUCCUCUCCCAGUCUGAUCUCUCAUCCACUCAAACAUCUCAAUCUCAACCCCAGCCAUCUCACACCUAUAACCUGUUCCAAGCUGAGAGGCAUCAAGGUGUCUGUGGUCAUCCAAAGUGCUGAGUUCAAGAAAGACGCACUUCCUCGCUAUGUUCAUGAGCUUCUCAAAGACAUGCUUAAAGGUUUAUAUGUGCACAAAAAACAUGUGAUAAACUUUGGAGACUUUGAUACAGAAAUUAAAUAUGCUGUUAUUGAGAGCAUCAACCCGGAUACUGCUGCUGCUGGAAGGAUCACAUCCAAGACCGGUGUGGAAAUAGUUGGCACCCAGACCCUCGGGCACUAUAAGAGGCAGCUACAGGACCAGCCCAUGGUUCCUCUGGGGGGACUGGAUGAGGUGAGUGCCUCCCUCAAAGAGAUGUUGCAGCUUCCCCUGUUCUAUUCAGGUACCCUAAAUUCUCUGGGUGUUUCCUGCCCCAGAGGUGUGCUUCUGGUGGGACCCCCAGGUGUGGGGAAGACCUUGCUGGUCCGCAGAGUGGCUGGAGAGGUGGGCGCCAGCCUGGUGGUGAUCAGAGGACCAGAGGUGGUGGGGUCUCGGCCAGGUGAGAGUGAGGAAACAUUGCGAGCCGUGUUUGCUCGGGCACGCACUGCGGCAGAGGAGGGUCUGUGUGUACUGUUCUUAGAUGAGUUGGACUCUUUGUUCCCAAGGAGAAUGGGCUCAUCCACUCCGGAGAACCGACUGGUUGCCCAGCUUCUUACCCUAAUGGACGGGAUGAACCAAUCUGAUCGUUUCCUCAUUGUCGGUGCGACUAACCAGCCAGACAGCCUGGACCCCGCACUACGCAGGCCCGGGCGGUUCGACAGAGAGGUCAUAAUAGGAGCGCCGACCUUGAAGCAAAGGAAGGCUAUCCUGUCUGUUCUUUGUGAGAGGAUGCCAGUGUGUCCCAGUGUGGACUUUGCAGAGCUUGCGCAGAGGACUAUAGGGUAUGUGGGAGCAGACCUCAACGCCCUGUGUAGGGAGGCUGCCAUGCAUGCUAUUCGAUACAACUCACAGGGUUCAAAAGAACAGCUUGUAGGCAUGAAACACUUCCAGGAAGCGUUGAAGACAGUGAGUCCCUCCUGCCUGAGGAGCAGCCUGGGCAGGACUGAGCUCUCUCCAAUCUCCUGGGAGCAGAUAGGAGGCUUGAAUGAGGUCAAACUCAAACUCAGACAGAGUAUUGAGUGGCCAAUGAAGUACCCUGAGGCAUUUGUUCGUCUGGGCCUGAGUCGGCCCAGGGGUGUGCUGCUGUACGGACCUCCAGGCUGUGCAAAGACCACCUUGGUCAGAGCAGCUGCCACCUCCUCCCACUGUUCAUUUCUGUCUGUCAGUGGGGCUGACCUCUACUCUCCAUUUGUCGGUGACUCAGAGAAGGCUCUAGCCCAGCUGUUUCGCCAGGCACGUGCCCAUACCCCUUGCAUCCUGUUCCUUGAUGAAAUUGACUCCCUGAUUGGCUCACGGUCAGGCAGUCAUACGCCUAACAGUGUGCAGACGCGCCUCCUGUCUGUUCUUUUGAAUGAGCUAGAUGGGGUAGGCGUUAAGACCCUGGAGAGGAGAGGAACAGAGAAGGAACUUCAGGCAGAGGGAGAGCAGGAGUGUCAUACACAUCAGCAGCUGGAUUAUCAGGAAGUAUGUAACAAAGAUGUGAUGAUUGUGGCAGCAACUAAUAGGCCAGAUACCGUAGACAGCGCCCUCCUCAGGCCCGGCAGAUUAGACCACAUCAUCUAUGUGCCACCACCUGACGAGCAGGCUCGUCUUGCCAUCCUGAAGGUGUGUACAGACACAAUGCCUGUGGAUGCAGAUGUGUAUCUGGAGGCACUCGCCACACAUACUGAGCUUUACUCAGGAGCAGACCUGGAAAAUCUGUGCAAAGAGGCUGCUCUAUUGGCCCUCCAAGAGGAGAACAUGGAGGUUUCUUCAAUUAAAUACAAAUACUUCCUCAAAUCGCUCAGCAAAAUGAGCCCCUCACUCACUGCUCAACAAAUCCACAUGUAUCAAACACCCCUUAGAUGACAAAUUGGAGCUAUGUGUCUUUUUACACAUAUAAUAUAGUGUGCUACCAUAAGAAUGUCUAUAAAAUAAAAUUUCCAUUUGUUU